CGCAGAUGUCAAAUUGGUUUUUGAAAUAAAAGUUGGCGCAUGCGCAGAUAUCGAAUAGGUUAAACAAGUCAACGCAUGCGCGAUGCAUUCUGAAAUAGUUUGUGGUCAAUGCGCGUGAAGUAGAGACUGUUGCUGUUCAGUAGCAUGACGAAUGCGGUUCGAGUGAAUAAUUUUUCAAUGCAUUUCAUUUUGAUUUUCCAUCAUUUUUUCUGUAUGUGUUUUAAGUGCAGUUUCCCAAAUAAAUGAGCCUGCAGGAUAGUCUCUUCUCGGAAGACGUGGAGCACGACGUGACUCUAUUUUCAAGGGACAAGAGACGGAAAAGGUAGGAGCCAAACGAUCACGUUUCCUGAUGCAACGACGCGCCUUUAAAGGGUUCUCAUCUUUCCACCUGUAAACAACUAUCGGAGGUACAUCAUACAUCAACUGGUGCAAGAUCGAUUCAUCGAUCUGUACACCUUCUCGAUCGGACAGGGUUCCGCGAGGAGAAUCGUCGUGUGUUAUAAGAGUGACGUGAUAAGGGAUCCCAAACUGAAUGGUGUGCAGCAUAAGUCAAGCUGUGCGACGAAGGAUAGCGACAAGUUGCUCGACAUGGACGUCGAAGGACGUCGAUCGCCGUCCGCUUCGCCAGAACGUGUACGAGUUCAAAGACAAGCCAAGUCGACACCAACGGUGGAAAUCUAUAGACCACCAGCGGCCAGGAGGGCCAAAAAUGGACUUCAAUCAAACGUGGACCAAGUUCAAGCACAUCCUACCGAUUCACCGUCUUUAAAAACAAUUCGCAAGAGAAGACCAGAUCGCGCGGUUUACGUCCCAAGGCAUCGUAGAAGUUCAGAAACGGAAGGAAGCCCCCAAUCCGUGGAAGCCGUUCGUGUAAAUCGCACGGUUAAGAACGGUUUGCCUUCAUCCUCCCUGUCUCAUGAACAAUCAAAAGUAAGCCUAAGUCUGAAGGAAGUAGAUUCCGAUGUCCAACAAAGUGCAGAGUGUACGGAGAAGGGAUCAAACGUGUGUUCUGAAAAAACUCAAUCUAACUUGGAACACGAAGAUAGUCAGUGUCUUCAGGAAGAAUCGAAGGAUACGGUAUCUAUCGCUGCGUCUGAAGAAUCUAACGUCGAAGAGAAAAGUGAACAAUCGGGUAACUUAACGGAUAAUGUGCCAAACGAGACAAAUAAUUUUAGUACCGACAAUGUAAAGUGCGAAACGAUAGAUACAGUUCAGUCGCAAACAGUCGAGGAACAAGAUGUACCUAGUAAUCCUAGUGAAAAUAAAAGUAGUUUAGAUUCAGUUGAAACGUGUAUAUAUACCGAAGAGAUUAAUAUUAACGAGGAAGUACAUCGAUCUGAUGAAUACAAAGAUAAUAUUACCGCGAAUAAUGCGACUUCGAAUAACAAUAUGAAAAACAUAAAACAUUUAAACAAAGAUGAGAUAACGAAUAAGAAGAAUGCACAAAUGUCACCACGUACUAUGGUUUCGGACGUGCUAAUCAUUUCGAACGCUGCGCAAAAAGAACCGCCAAUUGUUAAAAAGACUACUCCUGUUCCUAAUAUACCACCGGAAAAAAAAGUGAAAAAAGUUGUGAGACAUAAGAGUAAACCAGCACCACCGCCAUCUCCGCCCAUUAAAAAGAUUAACAGGGACGAAUGUGACUGGGAUAGCUUAUUUGACGACAAUGGUGACUGCUUGGAUCCGACGCUCAUAGAAGAGUUGACCUCUGCAGUUGGCGAUGUGAUGAUCGAACAACCCAAGAACGAUUACAAGGCGUACACCAAACACAUCGAAGUUUCUAGUGACGAAUUUGCUCACGUUGUUGAAAUAUAUAAUUUCCCAUCAGAAUUUAAGACGAGCGAUUUAGCCGCUGUCUUUAGUCCCUUUAAGAAUGGGGGUUUCGAACUGAAAUGGGUGGAUGAUACCCAUUGCUUGGGAAUAUUUAGUAGUCCUCUUGUUGCUGCCGAGGUAUUGGCAUCUGACCAUCCAUUCGUUAAAACGAGACCGCUCAGCGAGGCCACUGCCUUGAGUAGAACAAAAGCGAAAAGAAGCGCAGAAUUCUUACAACCUUACAGAAGUCGUCCAGAAACUUGCGCUGCGUUAGCUAGACGUUUAGUUACAGGUGCUUUAGGAGUGAAACUAGCCACUGCUAGGCAAGAACGCGAACGUGAAAAAAAUAUAUUGCGGGAAGCGAAAGAGAAACGUAGGUUAGCCAAUAAACAACGAGAAGAUGCCUGGGAAGGUAUAAUUCCCGAGAAGUAGCAUCGUUUGUUGGUAAUGUGAUACUUGAAUAUUACUUACAUAUGUAAGUGUUUCAAGACAUUUACAUGCAUUUUGUGUCUUGCUCAUCUAUUCUCAUCAUUGACGAAUUCGUUUUGUCGAACUGAUAUGGCGAUUGGUUUUGGGAACACGGGAUAACUAGCCGAUAGAUGAGUGUGACAUGACGAAACACCGGGUAACGGAUGUGUAUUCGCUUUGAACUGGAACAUGAGUUUCCAACGCUUGUUUAUUUUCUACAUAUAUAUAUAUAUAUAUGCAUAUCAUAAUGUUCAGACCAGUUAAAAAACGAACGUGCCUGUUGCAUUAUUUUUUAAUGAAAGGGUAUUAAGUAUUUUAAGUAAAACACUGUAGAACGGGGCAAUUUUUACAGCCCUAAAUAUUAGGAAGCUAUGAAACGUAGAAAUGUUUUAUGAUACAUGGUUAUUCUUACCUCGACAGUUGCCUCUGUUAGAAAUUUAUAUAUGACGAUAAAACAAUGCUGUGUUGUGCAAUGAUAAUACGAGACAAUAAGUUAGAAUAGUAGAAAAUGAAGAUAUAUUCCUUUACACACGAAUGCAUCAAGUGUGCGUGCACAUACAUCGAUUUGCAAGCAGUGAUAUGUAAUCAAAAAGUGUCUUCACAGAGUUAUGAUUUUCACGAUGAUAAAACUAUACUGAAAUACAACGUGGUAUAUUGCUAUAUGCAACGUAAAAAAAUUGCGUAUACAAAUUAUAUCGCUUGUAUAGAUAUAUACACGUACGUAUAUAAAUCUGUUAAAUGUUAAAAAUCUGACGCACAAUCAUAAUCUAUCUACACAUAUUACAGACUUAUUAAAUGAGAAAAACAGAAAGCUUAAGACAGAUUGUAU